CCUCCCUCCAGCCGCUUGCGCCACCCUGGGCAGGCAGCGCGCAAGGGAGAGGCUGCCGCCGCCGCCGCCGCGCUCCCCUUCUUCCUCCCCAGCCGUCAUGUCAUUCCGGAAGGUUGUGCGCCAGAGCAAGUUCCGCCAUGUCUUUGGGCAGCCUGUCAAGAACGACCAGUGCUACGAUGACAUCCGGGUAUCGCGGGUCACCUGGGACAGCACCUUCUGUGCUGUCAACCCCAAGUUUGUGGCUGUGAUUGUGGAGGCCAGUGGGGGAGGGGCGUUCAUAGUGCUCCCACUACAGAAGACGGGGCGCAUUGAUAAGUCCUACCCUACAGUAUGUGGGCACACAGGGCCUGUUUUGGAUAUUGAUUGGUGCCCACAUAAUGAUCACAUAAUUGCCAGUGGUUCUGAGGACUGCACUAUAAUGGUAUGGCAGAUCCCAGAGAAUGGGCUGACGCUGCCUCUAACAGAACCAGUAGUGGUUCUAGAAGGACAUUCAAAGCGUGUGGGCAUCAUCACUUGGCAUCCAACAGCCCGCAACGUCCUUCUCAGUGCAGGCUGUGAUAAUGUGGUUAUCGUAUGGAACGUGGGCACAACUGAAGAGCUUUACCGUCUUGAUGACCUGCAUCCAGACCUCAUCUAUAAUGUCAGCUGGAAUCGUGAUGGCAGCCUUUUCUGCUCAGCUUGUAAGGACAAGAGUGUGCGCAUCAUUGACCCACGUCGUGGGCAGGUUGUUGCGGAGAAAGAGAAAGCCCAUGAGGGAGCACGUCCUAUGCGGGCCAUCUUCUUGGCUGAUGGGAAGAUCUUCACAACUGGCUUCAGCCGUAUGAGUGAACGGCAGCUGGCACUCUGGGACCCGGAGAAUCUGGAGGAGCCCAUGGCAUUGCAAGAGCUGGACUCGAGCAAUGGGGCCCUUCUUCCCUUCUAUGACCCUGAUACCAAUGUUAUCUAUGUCUGUGGCAAGGGAGACUCAAGCAUCCGGUAUUUUGAGAUCACAGCAGAAGCACCCUACAUCCACUUCCUGAACGUGUUCAUUAGCAAAGAACCACAGCGUGGCAUGGGAUGGAUGCCCAAGCGAGGUCUGGAUGUCAACAAGUGUGAGAUCGCCAGGUUUUACAAGCUCCAUGAACGCAAAUGUGAACCCAUUAUCAUGACAGUGCCAAGGAAGUCAGAUCUGUUCCAAGAUGACUUGUACCCAGACACAGCUGGGCCAGAAGCUGCCAUGGAAGCAGAAGAAUGGGUGGCAGGGCACACAGCAGCACCUAUACUGAUCUCGCUGCGUGAAGUAUAUGUGCCCACCAAGCAGCGGGACUUCAAAGUCAACCGAAGGAGCUUGUUGCACGAGAGCCGUCCUGUCUCUGCCAGCACAGGGCCGAGUGCCACACACCCCAGUGCCACAUCCCAAUCUGCUGCCACGCCUGCCAUUAGCACUGGCACUGCCAGUGGGGACAGUGGGCAGAUAGCUGAGGAGGUACUUCGUGAGGUAGCAUCACUGCGAGCACUUGUGGCUGCACAGGGAGAGCGCAUCACAAGGCUGGAGGAGCAGCUGAGCCGCAUUGAGAAUGGCGAUGUCUAGGGGUCUUGGCCCACUGAAGAGACCUCACCAACAUGGAUCUUCUUCAAUGCUUCACCCUUCUUCAGCUGCCAGUAAUCCCUCACACUGCCUCAUCCUACCCUGUGGUGCAAGAAAGGGACUUGCCCUCUCUUGCGGCUACUGGAGAAAUGUAUUGGGUUUUGUGUCUGAGCAAGCCUCCUCUUCUUGUUGCUCUCCCAUUCUAUUUUUUUAACCAAGGGGCAGUUGCUGGGCUCUCCACAGCUGUCCCUUUGCCUUAUUUUGGUCAGGGUCCUUCUGCUUGGUCCCAUUCCCAUGGCUGGGGUUAGCCUGCCCCCUUAUAGGGAUCAGAACUAGCUAAGCUCUCUGCCUGAUAUGUUCCUGCCCUCCACUAUUUCUGCUGAAGUCCUAC